CCUCCUCUCCCCGCCUCCGCACCGCGGCGCGCUCGGGCUCCGGAGCCGUCAUGGGCGCCGCCGCGUGGGCAUCGUCCCCCCUGCCGCUGCCUGUGUCUCUCUUGCUGCUGAUUCUGCCGCUCCCGGGGCUGCCCGCGGGCUCCUGGGACCCGGCGGGUUACCUGCUCUACUGCCCAUGCAUGGGGCGCUUCGGGAACCAGGCUGAUCACUUCUUGGGCUCCCUGGCUUUUGCAAAGCUGUUGAACCGCACCUUGGCUGUACCCCCUUGGAUUGAGUACCAGCAUCACAGGCCUCCCUUCACCAAUCUCCAUGUGUCCUACCAGAAGUACUUCAAGCUGGAGCCCCUCCAGGCCUACCAUCGAGUUAUCAGCCUGGAGAACUUCAUGGAAAAGCUGGCACCCACUCACUGGCCCCCCGAGAGGCGGGUGGCAUACUGCUUUGAGGUGGCAGCCCAGCGAAGCCCUGAUAAGAAGACGUGCCCCAUGAAGGAAGGAAAUCCCUUUGGCCCAUUUUGGGAUCAGUUUCAUGUGAGUUUCAACAAGUCUGAACUUUUUUCAGGCAUUUCCUUCAGUGCCUCCUACAAAGACCAGUGGAUCCAGAGAUUUUCUCCAAAGGAACAUCCAGUGCUCGCCCUGCCAGGGGCUCCGGCCCAGUUCCCCGUCCUGGAGGAACACAGGCCGCUCCAGAAGUACAUGGUAUGGUCAGACGAGAUGGUGAGGACGGGAGAGGCCCACAUCCGCACCCACCUCAUCCGGCCCUACGUGGGCAUUCACCUGCGCAUUGGCUCUGACUGGAAGAAUGCCUGUGCCAUGCUGAAGGACGGGACUGCGGGCUCCCACUUCAUGGCCUCCCCACAGUGUGUGGGCUACAGCCGCAGCACGGCCGCCCCUCUCACCCUGACUAUGUGCCUUCCUGACCUGAAGGAAAUCAGACGGGCCGUGAAGCUCUGGGUGGAGGCACUGAAUGCCCAGUCAGUCUACAUCGCCACGGAUUCCGAGAGUUACGUGCCCGAGAUCCAAGAGCUCUUCAAAGGGAAGGUGAAGGUGGUGAGCCUGAAGCCUGAAGUGGCCCAGAUCGACCUGUACAUCCUUGGCCAAGCUGACCACUUUAUUGGCAACUGUGUCUCCUCCUUCACUGCCUUCGUGAAGCGGGAGCGGGACCUCCAGGGGAGGCCGUCCUCUUUCUUUGGCAUGGACAAGCCCCCUCAGCUGCGGGAUGAGUUCUGAUCCUGGCUGGAGCACAUCACCAGUCUGAGCUGGUCGCACUUGCCAGGCCUGGCAGCCAGCAGUGCUCCCAGCAUGGAUUCUCAAGAGUGCAAGCUCCUCUGCUCCCCUGCCAGAGACAGAAAAGCACCAGGGACUUCUGGAGGAGAAGGACUCCAUCUCCCAGGGCACAGGGCUUUCAGGCUCCUGGAGCCGGAGCAUCUCUGCUCCCUUUGUGCCUCCUGCUGUUUCUCCUGGGAAUUUCGCACACUGGCAAAGCAGUCCAACCUCUGUCUUUUGGUCUGCCCUGCUCUGAGCAGCCUGGGGGGCUAAUCUCUUCAGCGAUUUUUUUAUAGAGAGAGAAACAGAGAUUCUUAUAGUUUUGAUAUGA